UCCCCGUCUUCACGAGACUCGUUAAAACCGGAUGUAAGUGUAGCGUCGGAAUCUACUUACGGCGCUCGCUAUUGCUAGGCGACGGGCUUUUUGCGUGACCCGAUUCGAGCUCCAUCCAGGGUCGCCUCGUCAUUGUAGCGGCUCCCUCUCCGCUCACAUCCUCCUCGACAGCCCUCCUCUCCUCUGCAUCCCUCCACACACAUCACAGGUAGCCAGACGACCUAAAAAUGUCUUACACGGGGAAUCCGUUCGUGAUAAUACUCGGAGUCUUGAUGCUGCAUUCGGGCUCCGCUCAGAACGAACCAUCCAUUGAGUCAACGGAUCACAUGAUUCUACCCACUGGUUACCACAUCCCACCAAUCACACUUCAGUGCAACCUUACAACUUCCCAAAGCAACCACCACGAGAGCUUCUGGAUGAAGAAUGGGGAGGAGAUCUCUGACACGAGAGGCGAAGCCAAGAACACAGAAUACAAACUUAAUAAACCAAGGCCAGAGGAUUCGGGCGAGUAUAUGUGUGUGUACACAUUCGAUUCGGCCCCUGCGGCAAAUGCCACUAUUGAGGUUAAAGCUUCACCAGACAUCACGGGACACAAGCGCAGCGAGAAUAAGAAUGAGGGCGAGAAAGCUGUCCUCUACUGCAAAUCUGUGGGUUAUCCUUAUCCCAUGUGGGCCUGGCGUAAACUUGAUAACGGCGCCAGUAUGGAAAUUGACAACUCCUCUGGCCGUUUCUUCAUCAACAGCAAGGAUGGCUACACCGAAAUGUCCAUCAUCAACCUAGACAUCACCUCCGACCCUGGAGAGUACGAGUGCAAUGCCACUAACAUCAUCGGCUCCAACUCCAUGCAAUCAGUUCUGCGUGUCAGGAGCCGCCUGGCCCCCCUGUGGCCCCUGCUGGGGGUCCUCGCCGAGAUCAUCAUCCUGGUGCUGAUCAUCGUCAUCUACGAGAAGCGCAAGAAGCCUGAUGAUGUUCCUGAUGAUGACGAACCAGCUGGGCCAAUGAAAACUAAUUCCACCAACAACCACAAAGAUAAAAACCUACGUCAGAGAAAUACAAAUGUUUGUUGUUUACAGAUAAAGACAUUCACAUCAUGACCAUAUGAACGUUAAUCAUGAACGGUUCAGCGCAUUGGUAAAAAAUCAUUGGUGGGGGAGUUAAAUAGAAGACUGGAAGAAAUGAGAACCUGAGGCUUGCCUUAUAAAACAUGUGAGGAGGACGAGUAAACAGAACGGAACCUGAUUCUAAACAUUUUCUUGCAUGAUUGUGUUGCGUUUUCUUUAGAAUCUCUUUUAUUCAAGUCAACUUUUUCCAUGUCGGGCAAAAGUAUACACAUAAUAAUUGCAUGCAAGAUAAUUACUGUUUGAUACAGGCUUUUUUGUUUGUGUAUUUAUGAAUGACUUCUAUUCAAGCAAGCCUUUAACUUAUCGCAGAUAUGCCACCAUGAUUCUGGUAUGACAGUUUUUGUACAGAUUAUCAUAUAACUGUAUACCAUCUGGUAAGGUGGCAUUAUGAUCUAUCUAUCAAUCAUUUAAGGGUUUUUCAAAAUGUCCUGUCAUGUUUAAUUUGUACAUGCAUUGUACAUUGAUGUAUGAAAUCACUUGAAAUAUCUAUAGUUAUCUGAAUGUUCUUCAUACUGAUGCACUUAUCUCUUCAAAUAUUCUUGCAAACCAGUGACUUCAUUUUAUACUUAUGUAUCUUAUCUGUCUCUAAGUCUACAUGGCUGAUUGCUUUUUAUGUAUGCAUAGUAUACAGCAUGGCUUUUAUUCUAUGCAAUAUCUAUACAUACAGUAUAACAAACUUUUUUAAUGUAAGCUUUUGGUUGUGUAUAAUUAAGCUUUAAUAUUAUAUGUUAGCAGAGUGCACUGUUCAAACCAUGAAAAACAAUCCACGUGGUUUAAAACAUCACUGCAUGAGCUCCUUAUAAAUAUAAAGGGUCUACCAAGUCAGAAUGUGAAGAGAAAUUAAUAUCUCCAUUUUACAUGGCAUAUACAUGUCAUUUUUAACAAUUAAAAUAUCCAAAGUCAAA